AUGGCGGAGUGGAACAUUUUCAUCGCCAGGUUGGCGUCGAGUAAACGCAGAUAUACGGCGUCGGUGUCGACGCGCAGCAAGUUGAGCCAAUCGAAGGCCGCAAAACUCACACGGUUGUGGACCCAGGGACCCUGUGAGAGGGAAGAUUUGAGAUUCUCACCCAGAGCCAACGUUGCCCUCCACCUGUCUCCCUGCCCUGAGUACUCGCACCUCCACCCCCACAGCCCCGUCGGAGAAGUCCCUCACCUCCACCCCCAUAGCCCUCUGAGAGUCCCUCACCUCCACAGCGCCGUCAGAGCCCCACCUCACCUCCAGCUGAACAAGCAGAGGAGUGGAACCAGGAUCAGGAGCUCCCCCCUGCUGAGGCCUGCAGGCCUCCCUCCACACCCCAGCCCCAGCAGCCCCUCCACACCCCCAGCCCCAGCAGCCCCUCCACACCCCCAGCCCCAGCAGCCCCUCCACACCCCCAGCCCCAGCAGCCCCUCCACACCCCCAGCCCCAGCAGCCCCUCCACACCCCCAGCCCCAGCAGCCCCUCCACACCCCCAGCCCCAGCAGCCCCUCCACACCCCCAGCCCCAGCAGCCCCUCCACACCCCCAGCCCCAGCAGCCCCUCCACACCCCCAGCCCCAGCAGCCCCUCCACACCCCCAGCCCCAGCAGCCCCUCCACACCCCCAGCCCUAGCAGCCUCCAC